GCGAACCAGCGCCAUGAACCGCCCGGAGAGCUGCGUGCAAAUGUUUGAGGCCCACAUGCGGAACUACAAGGGUGCAGACCCACUUGGCGAAUGGGAAAGUUACAUGCUGUGGGUAGAAAAGAAUUUUCCUGGGAAUAAAGAAUAUUUGACAACUUCAUUAGAACAUUUAAUGAAGGAAUUUUUGGAUAAGAAGAUGUACCACAAUGACCCAAGAUUCAUCAAUUACUGUUUACAAUUUGCUGAGUGCAACAGUGACCCGCACCAGUUUUUUGAGUUUCUAUACAACCACGGGGUCGGGACGCUGUCGUCACCUCUGUACAUGGCCUGGGCCGGCCACCUGGAAGGGCAGGGGCAGCUGCAGCACGCCAGCGCCGUGUUUCGGAGGGGGAUUCGGAACCAGGCGGAGCCCCGAGAGCUGCUGCAGCAGCACUACAGGUUAUUCCAGACGCGCCUCUCUGAGACUCGUUCGCCAGCUCAAGCUAAACCCUUAGAACCUCUGCGUGAUGCUCAGAUUUUAAACCAAAUGAUAACUUCAAAAUCAAAUCCAGGAAAUAGCUCCGCCUGUGUUUCCAAGAACCAGGGUUCAGAACUUUCUGGAGUGACAUCUUCAGCUUGUGAUAAAGAGUCAAAUAUGGAAGGAAGAGUGAUCCUGAUCUCCAAAUCUGCAUACUCGGCUCACCCAUCUUUGGCAGCCAAGGUGGAUGUUCAGCAAGUUGUUAUGUAUUGCAAAGAGAAGCUUAUUCGUGGGGAAUCAGAAUUCUCCUUUGAGGAAUUGAGAGCCCUGAAAUAUAAUCAACGGAGAAAGCAUGAACAAUGGGUAAAUGAAGACAUACAUUACAUGAAAAGGAAAGAAGCAAAUGCUUUGGAAGAACAGCUAUUAAAACAAAAAAUGGAUGAACUUCAUAAGCAGCUGCAUCAGGUGGUGGAGACGUCACACGAGAAGCUGUCCACUCUGCAGGGAAGUGCCCAGGGUACGCCAGCAUUUAUGGGACCAAGUGCAGGCUCCCAGCCGGAACCCAGAGGGUCGUCUCCUCCAGCUGUAAACCCGCAGAGCUCAAAGCGCCUGGAAGAGAGAUCCCGGGAGGCGCCUCCUGCCACCCUGCCCAGGGCAGGUGCUGCUACUUGGGCUCUGGUGUCUCCAGGUGCCGGCCAGAGUACAGCGCACCCAGCUCCUUGCGUGGUCAAGCCAGUGACAGAUUCCAGAAAGGAUGCCAGAUGUGUGAAUAAAAGUACUCAUGAAUUCAAGCCACAGAGUGGAGCUGAGAUAAAAGAAGUAUGUGAAACACAUAAGUUUGUGAACACAAGUUCUUUUCAUGCAACCCCAAACACGUCUCUGGGAACGGCUCAGGCCACGCCAUCCAAAGUGGAGCCGUCGCCCACCGUCCACACGAAGGAGGCACUGGGUUUCAUCAUGGAUAUGUUUCAGGCUCCUACACUUCCUGAUAUUUCUGAUGACAAUGAUAAAUGGUCGUCUCUAGACCAAAAUGAAGAUGCAUUUGAAGCACAGUUUCAAAAAAAUGCAAAGUCUUCUGGGGCUUGGGGAAUCAACAAGAUUAUCUCCUCUUUGUCAUCUGCUUUUCCCGUGUUUGAAGAUGGAAACAAAGAAAAUUAUGGAUUGCCACAGCCUAAAAAUAAACCCACGGGAGCCAGGACCUUUGGAGAACGCUCCACAAGCCGACUUCCUUCAAGACCAAAUGAAGUGCCUCCCCCAGAAGAGUUUUGGGACGAUUCCACCGUCUGGGGGAUCCGCAGCAACAAAACCCUGGCCCCCAGUCCCCAGGGCCCCGGAGACUUCACAUCCGCCGCGCAGCUCGCGUCCACCCCGUUCCACAGACCCCCGGCGGGCUCGGGGCUCGUGCCAGAGGACAAAGGUCAGGUGACACCGGAAAAUGUGUUAACACAACAGUUCACCCAGGUGACUUUGGAUUCCUGUGAAGAAAACAUGGCAGAGCCCUCAAAAACCAGGAAAUUCAGUCCAACUCGAGAGAAAAGCCCAGAAGGAGUGUCACCCACCAUCGUGCCUUCGGCACCCCUGCCCCUGGGCCUGCCCAUGGCAGGAGGUGGGCUUAGCAGCAGGGCUGAGCAGAGCCUAGUGGCCCACCAGCCCACGGGCAUUGAGGCUGCCAGAGCCGGACUGCGAGAAGAGCAGGUGCCAAGUGUCUCAGCUGAAAACGCCGAUGACCCAAACUUCGUUGUUGAAAACCCAUGGGAUGAUAACGUGAUUCUCAAGCUUUUAUCUGGGCUUUCUAAACCAGUGAGCUCCUAUCCAAAUACUUUUGAAUGGCAAUAUAAACUUCCAGCCGUCAAGCCCAAGGCUGAAUUUCGAUUGGGUUCUUUGCUGGUCUGUGUUGACCACCUUCUUGGAGAAGGGGCUUUUGCCCAAGUCUAUGAAGCUACUGCCCACGAAGACGCGAGUGACACCAAAAGUAAACAGAAAAUUAUUUUAAAGGUCCAGAAGCCUGCCAGCCCCUGGGAAUUCUACAUUGGGACCCAGCUGAUGGAGAGGCUCCAGCCCAGCGUGCGGCCCAUGUUCAUCCGGCUGUACUCCGCCCACUUGUUCCAGAACGGCAGUGUGCUUGUCGGCGAACUCUUCAGCUAUGGGACACUGUUGAAUGCUAUUAAUCUCUAUAAAAACACCCCUGAAAAAGUGAUGCCACAAGCUCUGGUCAUCUGUUUUGCCAUCAGAAUGCUCUAUAUGGUGGAACAAAUCCAUGGCUGCGAAAUCAUUCAUGGGGACAUUAAGCCCGACAAUUUCAUUCUUGGAAACAGGUUUUUGGAGCAGGACGAUGGAGAUGAGGAUUUGUCUGCUGGCCUGGCUCUGAUUGACCUGGGUCAGAGUAUAGAUAUGAAGCUUUUUCCAAAAGGCACCACCUUUACAGCAAAGUGCGAGACGUCGGGCUUUCAGUGCACCGAGAUGCUCAGUAAAAAACCGUGGAACUACCAGAUCGAUUACUUCGGGGUCGCGGCCACCGUCUACUGCAUGCUCUUUGGGACAUACAUGAAAGUGAGACACGACGGCGGGGUCUGGAAGCCUGAAGGUCACUUUAGAAGGCUCCCCCACCUGGACAUGUGGAACGAGUUUUUUCACAUCAUGUUGAAUAUACCAGACUGUUAUCAUCUUCCAUCUCUGGAUUUGUUAAGGCAAAAUCUGAAGAAAAUAUUCCAACAACACUAUACAAACAAGAUUAGGUCCCUGCGGAACAGGCUGAUUGUGCUGCUUUUAGAGUACAAGCGCUCACGCAAGUGACCCGGUGUGGCCGCUCCAGGGGUCACUGCAAGGACUCACCUCCCUCGGGGCCUCCCACGUUUAUUGUUAUGUAAAUAUUUGUUGAAAAUAAACUUCA